AUGUACGAUUUGGAGAACGACGACGAUGGCUUCUUCUCCGAUUCACAUUCAUGCGGGGAAGGCCAUCGAUCUUCUCUGAACCUUCAAACAGACGAAGGUGGUUCGAUAUGUCUCGUUUGCUUCUCCAACCUUCUCUCCAACCCUCACUCUCCAACCAUUCAUGUCUCCUAUGCUCUCUCUCAGCUCUCUCGAUCCUUUUCUAUCCCUUCUUUUCUUCACUCUAUCCUCACUAUCCACCCUCACUUCCUCGUUUCCCCUCUCGUCACUGCUCUCUCCUCUUUCCACGACCAAUCUAUCGCCGAUCAACUCAACCAUCUCAUCCUCGUUCUCUCUGCUUCCGCCGAUCCUUCUGUUCGUUGUGAAUUCGUAGCUAGGGUUUCAGAUCGCGUCUCUUCUGGUGUUCUCGGUUGGAGUUCCCCUCAGUUGCAUAUGCUUCACUGUCUAGGGGCUCUGCUGAAUUAUGAGAAGGUUGAUGAUCUCCAUGCACACGUCAAAGAUAUGUGUAGGCUCAUUUCCGUUCUUGUUACGGGCCUUCAAUUGCCGAGUGAGGAGAUUCGUGGAGAGGUUCUUUUUGUCCUUUACAAACUAUCUGUUCUUCGGAGUACUACUGCAGAGGGAGAUGGAAGUGAUAUGCUGAUUCCCUUUUGUCCAAAGCUCUUGUACCUGUUGCUAGAUGUUUUCAUGAAGACUCAAAAUGAUGAUGUUCGCUUGAACUGUAUUGCACUUUUGACUAUGCUGGCUCGAAGACAUAUGCUUAGGGAAGAAUGUGCAUAUGAUACUAGUAACAUGUCUUCCUAUGGAGGAGUUAACAAUAAAGAAACCGAAGAUGGAACCAAGGGCAUAUCUCUGGUAAAUCUGUUUGCUGAAGCCAUCAAAGGUCCAUUGCUUUCGUCUGACAAUCAAGUUCAAAUUGGAACUCUAGAUUUACUCUUUCAUUAUUUAUCUUCACUGGGAACCUCAGCCUAUCAGAUUCGAGUCUUGGUGGAAGAAAAUAUUGCGGAUUAUUUAUUUGAAAUAUUAAGAUUGUCAGAAUAUAAGGAUCCAGCAGUCAAGAUGUGCCUUCAGGUGCUAGGUCUUUUAUCAACUGCAGAGGAAACGUUUAAACUAAGGCUCGUUGUUGGAAUUUCAACUCUGAUUCCAGCAUUACGUUAUGUGGCUGAAGUUCCUUUUCACCCUGUCCAAUGCGAGACACUGAAGCUCAUUUUUGAAUGCAUUUCUGAGUGCCCUGGAGCUAUAUCAACUUCUCAACUGGAGGAACUAGUCCUUGUUUUGAUAAGAAUGCUUAGGAAGCAUUCCGAUGGGGACAUGGGUAUGAUUCCCGAGACAUUUAUAAUGGCUUGUUGUGUCUUUGUGGCUCUUAUAAGAUCUCCAUCUUGUAAUGAGACUUUAGAUCUGUCAAAAUCGAUUGAGGAAGCAGUGAAACAUGCCAUUUUAGCUUGUCUCUAUGUUUCUGAAAGAAAUAUCAACCAAAUUAUGCAAUGCUUGUACCUACUUAAAGAGGCAUACGCAUACAGUCACGAUGGAAACCCCAUUAACUCUAGUAAACUGGAUCUUAGAAGCUGCAUUCUAGACAUAUGCAGAAACCAAUUACUGCCUUGGCUUCUGACGGGCAUCAAUGAGAUGGAAGAGGAAAUUGUCCUGGGUUUGCUGGAAACCUUUCAUUCGAUUGUGCUUCUGGACUCUAGUAUUUGUGCCAAGGAAUUUGCAGAGACACUGACUUCAACCUGUUGGUUCAGAUUUUCGUUUGAAUGUCUGGGUUUGUUUGCAGGAGAUAGGAUGAAAAAUAGAAUAUAUUUGUUGCUCAGUUCAGUUGUGGAUUCUCUCCUGGGAAAUGAUUCUGGACAACCAAUUAGAGAGGCUGCUAUACACCUGCCUCCUGAUCCCAUCGAUUUGCUCUUUUUGCUUGGGCAAAGGAGUACUAACAGUUCAUAUUUGCAUUCUUGUCAAUCGGCUGUUUUGCUCAUUAUGUACACCAGUUCACUGUAUGAUGAAAGACUUGCAGAUGUGAACUUGAUUUUAGCUUCGCUCGAACAAUUUAUUCUUCUUAAUAGGAGUGAUUUUCAUAAUUGGACCACAGAUAAUUUGACAGUUACGCGACUAGUGAAUCUCUACAGUUUGUUAAGGGGUAUUGGCAAUAUGAACUACCAAAUUCAUUACAGUCGAGAAGCUGAGGAUAUAAUAUUCCAGCUCAUAAACAAUGAUAAAUGGCAUUUACUGUCGGCAAGAAUCCAUACGGUAGCAUUGAAGUGGUUGUUCCAACAAGAGAUUAUAAUCAAAUCAUUGUGCCUUCAUAUUUUGAAAUUCUGCAGAAGCUAUACCUUAGAAGGAGUUGACAUAAUUGCUGGUGAAAAUAUUCAAACUAUAAAUGUACGGACACUUGCAGAGUUAGUAUCCACUGAAGAUAAUUAUGGAGCUAGACUCUUUGUAUGCUUAUUAGCACAGCUAUUUGAGGAAGAAAGCCAGGAACAUGAACAUGACUUAAUUUCUGUCCUAAAUCUCAUGGCAAUUAUGAUUCACGUCUGUCCAGUAGCUUCUGAUCAAUUAUCUUCGCAUGGAAUAGCAACAACAAUCAGGACUUGGUGUUAUUUAAAUAAUACCUUUUCGACCACAACUUACAUGUCCAUCUUGAUUUUGAUUUUUAACACUUUGAGUUCAGUACAUCCUGAAACACUGUCUGGUGAUCAGAGUUGGGUUGCAGUAACCAUGAAGAUGAUGGAGUAUUCAAUUUCAUCCAAAGGGGCUGAAAUCAUUAGUCAUGAAAGUCUCUUUGUUAUUGGCAUUCUUUCCUUAAUUUUGCAUCUUUCCACCAAUAAAGCACUUGAAGAGACUUCAAAAGCCAUUCUUUUUAAUACUUGUAUAAUCUCUAUGGUGAACACUGUAGUCUGUGCAGCUUCUUCGAAGGGACCUGCUUUGGUUGACCAUGACGAGGGAACAAGCACUGGAGAAACUUUAAUGUUUGUUCUUCUGCUUCAUUACUUCGCCAUUAAAAGCUUGUAUACUAUCCUUCCAGGGUUUGUGGAUUGGCAGAAUUACCUUGGUUCAACGAAUCCAUCUGAGCCGCUAGCCUAUAUUGGCAUCCGUUGCCAUGACUUGUGCAGACUUAUGCAUUUUGGUUCUCCUGUGAUAAAGAUUGCUGCUUCUUAUAGCCUGUUAGAGUUGUUUCACAGAAUAUCAGAUCAAAUAAACAGUAAACAUGAAGAGUUGAAAUGUACUGUUGGGUACUUAAUGUCCAUAAGGAGUAUAUUGGAGGGGUUGCUUUUCUAUAAUGACCCGAGAGUGGCAACAAAUUGUGCUGUCUGUCUGUCAAUGCUUAUGGGAUGGGGAAAGCUGGCAAAGGAAACAAAACUAUUAGGGGAGAGUAGCUGGUGUAGAUUGAUUAUAGAGGAAAUGACAGUAUCUUUGGCAGGUCCUGCUGUUGCAUCACAGUCGUUUUUGAACAGUCAAGAGCCUGGAGUACUUAUAGCAAUUGCGUUGUUGAAACUGCGUAAAAUCCCUCAGUGGAUGAGAUCCGUGUUUAAUAAUACAUGCAUAUCUGGCAUAUUGGAGAACCUUGCUUCUAGUAAUGUGAGCUUGGAGAUUUUGAUUUUAUUUCGAGAACUACUGAAAUCUGACUUCUUAAAUGCCGAGCAAAUUGCAACUAUAAAUCAAAUGCUCCAGGAAUGCAGAAAGCGCAUGUACACUAACAACGCUCAUGAGGAGCUCCCAAAUGAGCCGAUAAAGAAGGUCCUCCCCGCAUCAUAUGAUUUGGGAGACAUUUGUCAGUAUCUCAUUGAUUUAAUGUCAUCGGAGACAUGCGUUGGUUCGGUUUCCUGGGAUUUUCAUAGGGGCAGUAAGAAGCUCUUAGAAGAAAUAGAGCUGUUUUUUAGUACCUUGACUGUAGAUGAUAGCUGUAGGUAG